CUGUAUUUAAAGGGCUUUAAAGAGGCCUCGCUGAGCUGACAUGAACAUCUUUGCUAAGGUCCCCGGACUAGUCCAACAAACCAGCAAGCUGGGGUCUGUGCUCCAACGUGCAUUUUACGGGUCCAGUGGGAGGGUGACCCUUUUCGAGCAGCGUAACUUCGCUGGCAGACGCCUGGACCUGAGCGCCGACUGCCAGAAGCUGAGCGAGAAGAACUUCCCAGAAAGAUGCAACUCCGUGCAAGUGGAGAGUGGAGCCUGGAUUGGCUACGAGCAUGAGAACUUCCGUGGCCGCCAGUACCUGUGGGACAUGUCCGAGCGCGGCGAGUACAACUGCACCGAGAAGUGGUGCGCUCAGGCUGACCGCGUGGGCUCCGUGCGCUCCGUCAAACAGGACUCUACCCCGGCCCGUGCCCAGCUGUACGAGAGGGCUGGUUUCUCAGGCAAGAGGACCGAGCUCCAGGACGACAUCCCCAACCUCAUGACCCGCCACAGCCUCAACAGGGCCGCCUCUAUCCGUGUGCUGGGUGGAGCUUGGGUGGUGUACCAGGAACCCAACUUCAGAGGACCCCACUACGUCCUGGAGAAGAAAGACUACAAUAACUUCUCUGACUGGGGGGCUCAAAACAGCACUGUCGGCUCCAUGCGUCGUAUUCGAUUCAGCUGAGCCCCCCGUCAAGGCAACAACUCCCCCCCUACCCCCAACUCAAACUUCCCCAACGCAAAACACUUUUUAUAAAUGACAAGUACAUUCUCGAGCACAACAAUCACAGACCCACAAGAGAAGCUAUUUUAAUAAUAAACAAAUGAAAAA